AUGCCUAUGCAAGAACUCUAUACCGCAACUCAUUCAGCAUUCUUCGAGGCCCAUGGCUUAGUUCGCUGGGAUACUGUCGUCUUUUGGACUCACCCGCUGCCAAGUCCUGUCCUAUCGAGAAUUGUUAGAGUCAUAAAUAGGUCCACUGUGAAUGGAGCAAUUAGGCGUACUGGGGCUUUCGUGAUUUGGGGCGUAGGUUUUCGGUAUCGAUUUGUGUUCAAUUUGUCAACAGGAGGAGAGGUCUCACUCAUGAUGAGAGAAGAUGAAGUAGUGACACCGGUUGACCAUGUAAAAAAUGCGAAUUACAUUGCCCUCGAGGGAGCAGCUAUUUUAGAGUUUGUAUCCAUGUACCUUUCAUUUGACCUUUAA